CAAAGGCCAGUUGCAUAACAAAGUUGUUAAUGUACACAUUUUCCCACUUGUUAUUCACAAUCGUCAUUUUUUAUGUAGGUAGCAAAGAAGCACCAAAAGAUGGCGAUUAUGAGAAGGCAGUUGUCUCAAGCAAUGUUGUUUACUCCGUGGACACGAGCACCGAACCAGCGACAUUACACAAAAUGUCGGAACUGUGUGGAAAAAUACCGAAAAUAAACAUGCUGAACUCCGACAAGGUAAUGAAUGAAUUAGGUAAUGAAUGAAGUCCUAUCAAUACUAUACUGUUUUUUUGUGAAGGUCCUGUAUAUGGAGCAUCUCUAUUGGAACAAUGUUACUAAAGGACGAAACCUCAACUAAACCAGCAUUUUAUUUAUGCUGGAUAGUUCCAUCGUCUUAACUGUUCUCAAGUAAGGACCAUCCGUUAUCGGUCCAGUGUUGAUACAAGAGAAAACCUAAACCAAGUAACAUUAUUUAUACUUGAAAACUCUAUCAGUUCUUUUAAAAUUAUUCUAUCUGGAAAUCCAGUAAGGGGUGUCCCUUGGUUGCAUGUCUAAUGUAAUUUCAUUAGUGAAUCUUAAGUAAACCAUACCUGUAGAUUUUAUUUUUAUGGUUUAUGUCAUUUUGGACUCUAUGCCAGCCCAGCCAGGCUUAGGUACGAUAUUUGGAGUUGUUGGCCAGUAACUCCAGGCUAUAAGAUAGCUAGUUGGACAUGAUUUUUGGAGUUUUUGGCCAGUGACGUUAGGUUUUGAAAGGCAGCUCCAUUGCGUUCACAUGGCCUGUAAUGCCAGAACUCAUAAUUCAACUACGUUAUGAAGUUUUGAAUUUGGAGUUAGCCCCUUACAUACUAUGGAAGUAGCGUCACUCCAUGCUUCCCUAACCUCUAUACGUUUAUUACGUUAUGACUCUAUCAUUUCUAACUUCCUAGAGGUCCAGAAAAGGCUUUGUCUUAUUGGUCCAUUGUUACUACUAGAAGAAACCGAAAUACAGCUGGAAGCGACUAUACCAAAUUCCCUUUACCCUUUAUGUAUAGAAAAGAAGAGUCUACAUUUGUCUUCCAUUACUAUUUGAUCUCCUAUAGGCAUUCGUAUUUGACUUCGGUACUGAAGUGUACGCUUGGCUGGGUCGAACUAGCGACAAAGCAACGAGAAGCAAGGCAGUCGACUUAGCAAUCGAGGUUCACAAAUCGCCUUUUGAAGUUCACAACUCGUUAAAUCCCAUCACUCCAAAUAUGUCGAAGGAUGACGACGAGCCCCGACAACUCAAACGACCCUCCUGGGCCUUGUUCGGGCGAAUGACGGAGCGAGCAGAGACUAUUUUGUUCGAGCAAAAGUUUCUGGACUGGCCCGAUGUCGCGACGAAGAUGAAAAUGGAUAAAGAGAAGGAUAUAUUGAAUAAGAAUUUGAGUAAAGGGUAUGCCAAGAGAAUGGCUAAAGUAGAGGUAGGAAUUUUUGCAGAAAAUGUCGAUAGAUCUUUUUGCUGCUUGAGCGACCAUCUUGAAAUCGCAAUGCAUUAUAGGGUCAACUUGGAUCAAUGCGCACGAUCGUGAUCUAGAAACUAGGAAUGGAUGGAGUGUCCUUUUCAAUUUUUAAAUCAGCCAAUUUUGAAGCCAGAAUAUUUACAAUCAUGACAUGAGAUUUUAAUCUUCAAAAUCUUUGAAAAUCGAGUCUAGCUACAUUAUCAAGCAAAUAUCUAUGUAACUCGAAAGAUAUAGCUUCCCACAUCUCUUCUAAUGAGUUUUACAAACUUUCAAACACUAGAUAAGGAGACUUGCAGCAGCCAUCGUGGUCACUUGGUGUAACAUCAUUAGUUAUUCACGUGUGAAUUUAAGGGAGAAGAGAGGUCACUGUUGAUAAAUUUCUAUUCAGAUAAUGUUUAUCCUUUCCCAUCGAUAACCAGAAACUGUGACACUUACAGUAGAUUCGUGGUCGUCACACAAAUAUGGCCGUCGUUGGCUGGAUUAAUACAUAGCGGAUACAAUAUCCAGUGCUAGUUUUUAGAUCAGAGCGCUCGAUACACCUAUAUAAUUAUUAUCAUUCUAUUAAGUAUUAUUUCAUUUUCUGUAGCAUAAUUUAUGAUAUGUACUGUAUGUAUGCCCUCAAGGCAUUGUUCCACCAACAAUUGUUUUCCUCAAUAAUUGUAUUGGUAUCAUAGACGUACGACAUAACUUGUUAAUGGAUGAUUCCAGCUAUAGAGUAAAUUUUGAUCUGGGCAAGAAGAACAAAAUCCAUCACCACAGCUAGAAAGAGCAUGUUAAAAUUGGUGAAAUUGCAAAGCUUGGGUGCGAAAUGUUGUAAAAUGCGGAAAUAUAUAGCCCUGCGAAAUUUGCAAAUUUUGUAUCGAUUUGUAUUACGCACGGGAAAAUGCACCACUUUCAUUAAUCUGCAUUUUUCAUUUUCAGAAAUCAGAAUACCAGGCGGUUGAACUUGUUCCAUAUGAUGGUGCAAAGAUGGGAGAAGAACCACCCCCCGUCAAGUUGAUUCUCGAAGGUAUGACUAAACUAAUUUGGUCUUAAUUGUUGGUGGCGAAGUGGCGUGUGCAUGUGCCUUUCAGCCUUUGUCUGGUUAUAACUUCACCUCAAUUUCACGUAUGUGAUAAUUAACAAUUACUCACCUCAUUGUCGAUGAAUAUUUAUCAGAAAUAAUUUUAAAGCAUACCUCUAUACACACUAUUAAACACAACUUUGUGGCUUUAAUACUUAAUACUGCUAUUUACAGUAGGCAAUAAGAAUGGACCAAUCGAGGACCCAUGUUCUUUACUUGGACCUGUAUAGGAGAACAAUUUCGACACAACGUACUGGAAGUUAGUUUAGGUUAACUCCUGUGGUAGUAAGACUGAAUCAAUAACUCAGGAAUGUCCUAGUACAUGUUACUAGAACAUAUUGAGCUAUGCAGUAUAAAUACAGAAAUUUUUGCUUUGCAAACAGAAAAAAUUUUUGCUUUUUAAUUUUCCAAUUGUGUGUCAUUAAAAUUUACAGUUAAAAAUUUCAAACAACCAAAUUGUUUUUGAUUGAGCAUGCAUGCCUACCGUAUAUUGUUACCCAGUGAAACUGACGAUAGCCGAUUUAAUUCGCGCGAAAAGCAUAUCCUCACAGACUCAGUUCAGCCAUAUAAUAAACCGAUUAUUGACCUCGCUUGUUCGAUCUGUACUGUGAAAUAUCAGACCUCUGUUUUUUGCAUGGACCCCACUCCUUCGUCGCUCAGUCCAUACUAAAAAACCUCGGUCUGAUAUUUCACAGUACAGACCGAACAAGUGAGGUCAAUAAGCCGUUAAUAUUUUCCAAAGUUUGAAGACAGGCCGACGUCCAGAAAUGCACAAACCAAAAGAGCGUGGUAAAUUUUAACCCAAACUUAUCGAUAAUCGUGCUGUCAACAACCGGCCUCAGCUAAUGUACUUUUUCUGUAGGAGUGAACGUUGGUCGUGGUCGAGGUAGUUACGAUGAGACCGAAAGAAGAAAUUUGACUGUAACUACAAAUUCUGUCACAGUAUAUCACAGUUCUGAGAAGGAGUCACGACAACUGGAGGAGAAAGAAUGGGGACAUUUUUAUUCAGCAGAAAGUAAGCAAAUGCAUUCAAGCUCUAUGAUAUAGUGUAGAAAAAAAUCGGAACAACUGCUAACAUUGCACAGUUGCAUGUUGAAGGCAAUGACGUAUCGCUCAUAAGAUAGGGUUAGAGCAGGAACUAAGUGCGCUUUCCAUUUAAUGGCCUGACCGGUCAGGCCCGAAUUUUUGUCUCUGUAUCAAUGGAAAGAUCUGGUCUAUGUUUCUAAAUUAUCUAGCGAAAAUAAACCUCAAUCUAAUUUUGGCUAAAUUUUCUGGUCAGAUAUGUCCGAAGUCCAAACGUUUUGUGUCCCAUUCAACAUUUGGCCGUUCUGACCGGUCUGGCCGUGUUAAUGGAAAGCGCCCUAAGGGUCCCCAACAGUUGCCCCCUGCCGCAGCUACCAUGCCUCUCUUAAUGAAAAUGGUGACAAGGUUACUCAGUUGUUUUCACCCACAAAACAUGUCUCAGUUAAAGUCACUCGCAAUAGAUUUGGCGAAAACACAAUGCGCACCGCGCACGUGACUAUAGAGAACAAUAUUUUUCAGAAAUGUUACUAACAUAGAUAAUGAGUUUCCAAACUAUCUAGUCUAUUAACUAUGGUUGAAACAAGCUCCUAAAGCCGUACCGUGGCGAAAAUGUCGCGAAAUAUUGAGAUGGGAAUUUGGCUUCUACCAGAUUCCUGGCCUUUGUUGAACGCUAUAGUUCUCAAAUCUAAUUUGAUUACAUUUAUACGAAUUUUGUGCAGGUUAUGUAAUCAGGUGGAGUUACUCCGUGAAAGCAUCAGGCAUUCGUUCACUGAAAGGCGGGGAAUCAAAACGGGAUACAACAGGACGUGAUCAGAUCGCGUAUUUCUUCUGGCAUGGCAGAGAUUGUUCAGCUAGUGGCAAAGGAACUUCAGCUUUAGCUACUAUUGAAUUAGAUUCCGAUAAAAGUCCACAGGUAACGUAAACAUUACCUCGACUCGGUAUCUUAUAUUACACCCUUAAUAGAGAGGUUCAGAUUUGAUACUGUGUUGAUAUACAGUAUACAGUUAUAUCAACAAGAGUGGGAAUUGGAAAAACGAGAAAUUGUGUAGAAACACGACUCCUAUAUAGCACAAGUAAAUAUAAAGAGAAGAGUUGACAUUGAGUUAUAUCAACACGGCUCUUAGCCAGUCAGCGUUCAGAAUUUACAAAUGCUAUAUUAUAAAUCCGAUUAACCGAUCAGAUGCGUACUAAGCCAGUGGGAGGUAGCGAUAGUGGAAGUCAAAUUUUAACCUCUCCAAUAUUAACAAUGGACGGGUAAAGACCGAUCGGAGAGGCGGUUGAUCCAAGUGGAGAAACAUGCGUUCUUCUUUGUGUAAAUGCGCCAGAAAGACAACUAAUUAUCCGACACGACAGACAUCUGUCUAAUCCAUUUGUCUGAAUCAGGGAUGGAUUUAGUGGGAGAUGCAGGGGGAUAGCCUUGACAAAGUGGUGUACAAGGUGGUGACAAUUUCCUUGAGAAUUCCAACUGUUGAUGACAGUUACAAAAACACAAAUAAAGUAGAGGUACAGUGAGCAAGCAAGACUACGGACUAGUGCCGUAUCUCCCUCUGCGAAUGAUUACACACUUGGUCACCGGUCAUACCAUGAACCAUGAGUAAAGCUUCCCUAUCAGAUCUGGCUGGAUCCAUCAUUGGUCUAAAUGAACUUGUACGCUGGCAUAGUUCGUUUUUUACGAAUUACCCAUCUUUCUACAAAUACAGCAUUAGUUCGUAAGUAAAUGAGUAAGUGGGGCUGUCCUAAUCAUCCUUACUUCCAGCCGAGAGCUAAGCUAAAUUGCGAAGGACGCAGCUCAAUGGCUUUCUAUGACUCAUGUCUAAUCACGGGGCACAGCUACGGUGGAAGGGUCAGUUUGGGGUAAUCCCAACCCACCCUGUCGACAUUCCCUGUGGAAGGAAACUAGAGAACCCGGAGAAAGAUAAUGAUUUUCGGAAGAGCGUUUACUAACUCUGUUCACAUAAGUACCAUGAGUCCGUUUUGGAAAUACUUUUAUAAUUUUACAUUUAGAUCAUGGUAGAUGAAGGACAUGAAUCCGCGUGUUUCCUGAAUAUGUUUGAUGGUCAAAUGAUCGUUCAUCACGGAAAGUAAGUGAAUGCAUGGUAUAUCAAUGUUCCUGGUACUGUAUCUAUAUGAAAGACAUUCAAUUAAUCUAUAAUGUACUGUUUCUUAUUUUAGACUAGAUGAAGCAAAAUCAAUUGGUAAGCAUGUAAUUUCUAUUCUUCAUAUGCACAGACAGAGUUUGUAUUUCGAGAUGACCUCUAAUUAAUCAUCGUUGUUAGCUAAGUGAAUCUUUCAAUCGAUAUGGUUAUUUAUUGAGUAACUUUGAUUUCAGAGGAAGAUAAUGUUCUUAUGUACUGUGUACAUCACGACGAUGAAAGAGAAAUUAGUUUAACUCAAGUCGAAGCCAGGUAAUGAAUACAAACUUGGGAAGGUUUCGGCUAUUUUAUUUUUUAACAACUACUGCAUACCCUUAUCAUACACUGCCACGGUUUCCAAUACCCUUAUCAGUUUACUUUUCCAAAACUACACACGUAAAAACGCACAACUUUUAGCAAACCUGCAGCAGACAUGUACCAAUGCUGUUUCAACAACUUGUUAUCAGGAUGUGUUCGUACAGCUUGUUCCCAGCUUGGUUAAAAGUUGUUAACGGCUUAUUGACAACUUGCUGCAAGGUUGUUGACUCAACAGACUUGUUCCAAGUUCUUCCGACAACUUGUUAUCGUCCUGCAAUUCAGCAACGUGUUAACAAGUUGUGAGCGAGAACCUUGCACCACUUGAUAAGAUGACAACAUUGCAUGUUACAAGUUGUUGACAAGCUUGCUACAACCCUAUUGCGAACACAUCUUAUUGAAGAGUUGGAUGACUGAGAAGGGCAGAUUCCUACGGCUUAAGAUCCCAAUAACUUAGUAACUUAUCUAUUAUAAUCUUGUGUAUAGAUCUUCCAAUUUGAGAUCGCGUUCAUCUUUCGUUGUGGUUGUUAUCGAUGAAGCUGUUGGUAUUUGUGUCUGGCAUGGUGCCAAAUCAACAAAAGAGAAGAAGCAAGGUGCUUUAAGAGGAGCUAAGAGAUUGGCAAAUUGGUAAGUUGCUAUAGACCGUCAUGUCACUAUCUAUGCGGAUAUCAAACCGAACAUACUUUAUUUACACCAGGUAGCGCUAUCAGUAAGGCUCGCAGGAAGAAAAAUUACCUUUAAUUGUUCAGUGUUACUUCUGGAGAAAAGCUCAAGAAACCUUGGUCUCAAGUAGGGCCAUCUCUUAUUCGUCCAUCCGUACCACAUGCAGAAAUGAAACUUGAAGAGACUGCAUGAAAUUUAUGCUGGAUAGCUUAUCAGUUCUGAUCAAGCUUUUCUCUCCAUUCCUAAUAGAUGAUUCCAGUUAGAGACUAAAUUUUGAUCUAGGCAAGAAGAACAGAAUCCAUCACCACAGCUAGAAAGAGUGUGUUCAAAUGAGUAAAAUUGCAAAGUUUGACCGCGAAAUGUUGUAAAAUGAGGAAAAUAUAGCCCUACGAAAUUUGCAAAUUUUGUAUUAAUUUGUAUUACGCGCGGGAAAAUGAACAUAUUUGGGCCGAAUUUUAACAUUCUCUUUCUCAUGGUGAUGGAUUUUGUUCUUCUUGCCUAGAUCAAAAUUUAGUCUAUAGCUCGAAUCGUUUAUUGUUUAUUCUCGAUUUUUCUCGAUUUCUUAACUGGUCCUGUAAUCAUCCAGUGUUAUACAACAUGAAAUGUGAUGUUAUUUCAGGUUUCAAGGUAUAUUUGAGAUCAAUAAAGUUGACAUGGUUGAAGAGGAAGAAGGCCACGAAGGUGGUCUGUUCUGGAAAGCUUUGGAUGGCAAGAAUGAUUAUGGAUCUUUACAAGAAGGUAAAAGAGAUAAUACAUCGGCGUAGACUUCACGGGUGGAUGGGAAUUGGGUUGAGUUCUACAAAUCUUUUCCCUGGAUUUGAAAAUGCCAUUAAGAUACUUUUGCUCGAAACAAUCGCAAAUUAGCUCCAAAAAGAACCAAUCAAUGUUGUAAUAAAGAUCGUCCAAGUGUGGUGAUUCUAGUGUUGCAUCUGAAACGUUGCUUCACCGCGGUGGGAAUCGAACGCACAACCUUUGGCUUGCUAGUUCAGUGGUCUUCCAAAUGUCGUUCAGUUGUACCAAUUUGAUAAUUUUAAUACUGAUGCUACAAUAAUCACUAUAAGGCUUUUAGAAUAUAUUGGAGGCGGUGGGGUGUGUGUUUGCCGCCUCCCCGCCAGGUGCCCGCCCCCAGAUUAGUGAGAAUGGGGUGGAUCUGUGGGGUGGAUGGGUUGGCACAGGGGAGGAGGGGGUGUAUGCAUGUCAUUCAUGUUCUAAUGGUCUCCAAAACCAAUCUACAUCCAAAUAGCUAGUUACUCCUAAUUUAUCGGUAUUAACGCUUAUAUAAAUUGAAUGUUUCGACUUUCGAUGGAUUCGUUUGUAUAUUUCGUCAGCCAUUUCCCUAAUUUCUUGCGGAUUUGGACUUUCUUGAACUUUCUUAUUUUUUUAUUUACAGUCAGUGGCAAGUGCGACAAUCGUGUAAGGCUAUUCACAUUCCUCAGUACGGAAGGACCAUUUCUUGCGAGAGAAAUCUUCAAUCCAACACGUGGUGAACACGUGUCACCAUAUCCCUUCAGACAGGCAAAUCUUUACGAUGCGACACAACCAGGUAAUAUUAUAUACUGCUGCAAUAAAGAAAACUAUAUAACUAAUAAAAUAACAGUACGCAAAUUUAGGUAAAUGCAUGAAUUAAGCAUACGUGACCUUGGUGCCAAAAAAUGAAAGUUUCAGCAGCUAGUUAAAGGACUUAAAAUUUAGUAAAUUUCUGAUGUUUGAACCAUUGAUAAAACACAUAACAAAUUUCUCGCCCAUGAACUCACAAUGCGUUUUGAACUUUUAAAUUUCGUGCGCAAGCUAUUUUUAAUGCUGCUAAAAGAAACCCCUCCUGCUUUGGAAAAUUUAUAUUUACGAUUUUUUUUUGUUUAUUCUACUGUACAUUAUAAGUACCCAAACAAUCUAUGUUUGUCAAAAAUUUCAUGAAACGAACGGAUUUGUGGAAUUGAGAGCCGUUUUAAAAUUGUGACUUAAUUGUCUACUUUUUUAUACACCCUGUAGGCACAGUUUUCCCCGCUUUAUUUGCAUGCACUGUUGCUGCUACGAGCUGGCUUACUGAGAGUUGUAUUUUCUGUAGCGUUAUUUCUUAUUGAUGCUGUACACGAGAUGUAUCUGUGGCAAGGAUGGUGGCCUGGGAAUCCUGAGGAAUCUGAGUCUGCAACCACCACUGGGUCAGCGGAGUUCAGAUGGCACAGAGAUAGAAAACUUGCAAUGCAAAGUGUGCAGUCGUAUGCUGAUUGUAAGUACUUGGGUUUUCAAAACGUUUGCGUUUUUUUGUUGUGGCCUUUAGUUUGUGUUUAUUAUUUUGGG